AUGGUUGGGAUUGAAUUGGAAAUAAAAGCCAUCGCAAACAGACUUAGACAGCCAUUUAAUCGGCUGUUUUCUACUUCUCUCCGAGCAUCGAAUGAGGAAGCCAAGCUUGCUGAUUUCGGUUACAGAAAGGUUCCAGUUGAACAGAAGGAAAAGCUAGUGCAUGGUGUGUUCUCUUCUGUUGCAUCAAAUUACGAUAUUAUGAAUGAUGUGAUGUCAAUGGGUAUUCACAGAUUGUGGAAAUGCCAUAUGAUUAACAAGCUAGAUUGUGGUAUGCGCCCAAAUUCUGGCAAACCACUUCAAUUUUUAGAUGUUGCAGGUGGAACUGGUGACGUGGCAUUUGGCCUUCUUGACCAUGCGAACGAAAAGUAUGGUGAUAAUGAAUCAAAAAUGAUUGUUGCAGAUAUUAAUCCUGAUAUGCUCAAAGAGGGUGAAAGAAGGUGUCUCAAAACCAGGUAUGCCAAUUCUCCAAGAAUCAAGUUUAUGGUUCAAAAUGGCGAAAAGCUGGAAUCAAUUCCGGAUAACUCAAUUGAUGUCUACACGAUCGCUUUCGGAAUUAGGAAUUUCACAAAUAUACAGGCUGGGUUGGAUGCAGCCUACCGUGUUAUGAAGCCAGGUGGAAUAUUCGCAUGCUUAGAAUUCUCGCAAGUUCAUGAUCCUGUAUUGAGCUAUUUAUAUGAUUUGUAUUCUUUCUCAUGUUUGCCAAUGAUGGGUCAACUGAUUGCAAACGACAGGGAUUCGUACGAAUACUUGGUUGAAAGCAUUAGAAAGUUCCCUAACCAAGAGAAGUUUGCCAGUAUGAUUCGUAAGGCUGGAUUUUAUGUUCCUGGUAAGGGCUAUGAAGAUUUGACAUUUGGCGUUGCUGCCAUCCACUUGGGUGUUAAGUUAUGA